AUGGAGCGCGCAGCGCGUCUCCACUUCUUGGAGCAUGGCCAAGAGGUACACGAGGACGAGUCUGGUGGUGGCAGCGGAGGAGAGCGGGCAAAAGUCUACCCGUACCAUACAUACGGUACUAAGGCAGGACUUUUACGGUCAAGGCUUCUCAAAUCUUCGAUCCCCUUGUACGAGUGCCACUCGGGGUGCUCGUGCUCUAGCUCAUGUCCCAAUCGCGUGGUGGAGCGAGGUCGCACCAUUCCCCUGCAAAUAUUUCGCACCAAGAAUCGCGGAUGGGGCGUGCGCUGCACAGAGCCCAUAAAACAGGGCCAGUUCGUCGACUGUUAUCUCGGCGAGGUUAUUACGGCCGAAGAAGCAGACCGUCGUCGCCUCAAGUCGACUAUGUCUCAAAGAAAGGAUGUUUAUCUCUUCGCCCUUGACAAGUUCACCGACGAGUAUUCCCUUGACCCGCGUCUCAAGGGACCGCCCCUCGAGGUCGACGGCGAGUUCAUGUCCGGUCCCACCAGGUUCAUCAACCACUCCUGCGACCCCAACCUGAGGAUCUUUGCCAGAGUUGGCGAUCAUGCCGAUAAGCAUCUCCACGAUCUUGCACUGUUUGCCAUCCGGGAUAUCGCCCGAGAAGAGGAGCUCACGUUUGACUACGUGAACGGCAAUGCAGCUGAAAGCAGCGAUAUCGCCCCAAACUCCGAAAGCAUGACAGUGUGCCUCUGCGGGAGCAAGAACUGUCGCAAGUAUUUGUGGUGA